AGCCGCACACGGAGCAAGAAGUCUCUUGGACUUGACGAUCUAGGAAUUCAGGACUUGGGACAAAUUUGCCAGCCCUUGACCCUGGCUGUGUGAGCAGAGCUUCAAUGCUGAAGAUGGAGCCUCUGAACAGCACGCAUGCCAGCACCGUAGCCCCCAGCGGCCCCCUCGAGUCCCAUGUGCCGGGCAGUGGCAGCGGCAACGGCAACGAAUACUUCUACGUUCUGGUGGUCAUGUCCUUCUACGGCAUUUUCUUGAUUGGAAUCAUGCUGGGCUACGUGAAAUCCAAGAGGCGGGAGAAGAAAUCCAGCCUCCUGCUGCUGUACAAAGACGAAGAGAGGCUCUGGGGGGAGGCCAUGAAGCCGCUGCCCACCGCGUCCGGCCUGAGGGCGGUGCAGGUGCCCACGAUGCUGAACGCGCUGCAGGAGAGCGUGGCGCCCGCGCUGUCCUGCACGCUCUGCUCCGUGGAAGGAGACAGCGUGAGCUCCGAGUCCUCCUCGCCCGACGUGCACCUCACCAUCCAGGAGGAGGGGGCGGACGACGAGCUGGAGGAGACUUCGGAGACGCCCCUCAACGAAAGCAGCGAAGGCUCCUCGGAGAACAUCCACCAGAAUUCCUAGCACCCCUAGGACUUCUGGAGGUGGCCCCAUCAGCCAGCACCCUUAGAGCGAGGGAGGGCACUUUUCGUGUCUGGUUUCACCUUUGCAGGGCAACUGCCACUUUCAGGAGACCCUCGGCA